AUGGCGGUCGAAACCAUACCACGGCAGCCAGCACCACCGCCGGCACCGUCUGACCCCAAGCCCAUCGAGCCGGCGCAGCCAAACCAAGACGAGUUCCCUUCUAUCCUUAAGGGUCGGCGCGUUCUCCUCGCCACCGAAUCCCUAGGGCCGGUCAACGGGGUCAGUCGCACCACGCUCAGCCUCAUAGAAUACCUCCGUCGCAAUGGCGUCCAACUCGCCGUGGUUGCUCCUCAUUCCAAAGAGAGCAGACUCCGACCGAGCGGCAACGGCCUCUCUGAACUGCGUCUGCCUGGCUAUCCUCUGCCCUACAACCCUGAUCUGACCGUGGUCUAUCCUUUCCAACUCGAUGAUGUGUACAAGCGCACGUUCAGUCCCGACGUCGUCUAUCUGGCCAGUCCAGCUUCCACCGGCUUUCAAAUGCUUUUGCAGAUCCGCCAACUCCAAGAGCCUCCGGUCGUCCUCCUGAAUUUUCAGACCGAUCUCUCUGCGUACAGUGAGAUUCUCUUUCCGGGUCCGGUUGCUCGUUUUUCUGUCUGGCUCUUGGCGGUCGUGCAGGGGUUUCUGUUUAGCCAUCGCACGGUCCAUACGAUCUUUUAUCCUUCUUCCGGAAUUCGGCGCUAUCUGGAAAAAGCGGGUGCCCCAUCAAGCCGCAUGGUCCAACUCGGUCGGGGGGUGGACACUACUCUAUUUGAUCCCUCCCGCCGUGAUCACGCAUACCGCGAGGAGCUUGCCCCCAAUGGAGAGAUCAUUUUGGUGUGCGUAUGUCGACUGGCACCUGAGAAAGGCUUCGAAUUCCUGGCCCAAGUGGCCAUCAAGUUGCUUGAAGAGGCCUUUCCUUUUAAGCUCCUCGUGGUGGGGGGCAAUCUCAAUCCGGCGGUGGAAGAUGAGGUGCGUCAGCUUUUCGAUCCGGUCAAAGACAACGUCGUCUUCACGGGCUUUUUGACGGGUGUGAAUCUUGCCCGCGCCUACGCCUCGGGUGACGUGUUCCUGCACUGUUCCAUCACGGAAACAUUUGGUCUGGUGGUCCUGGAAGCCAUGGCCAGUGGUCUUCCUGUCAUUGCCCGUGAUCAAGGAGGUCCAUCGGAUAUUGUGCAAGACCAGCAGACGGGAUACCUGGUACCUCCCCACGAUCUUGAUCUCUUUGCCAGCUUGGUCAAACGUUUGUCCGUCAAUGCUGUUCUCCGUUCCGACAUGGCUGCUGCCGCCCGAAAAUUUACGUGCGAGACGACCUGGGAGAAGAUUAACAGACGUGUUGCAUGGCAGAUAGCCGAGGGAUUAGAAAAGCACCUUCAAAAUGUCCAAGCAAAGAAGAAAAGGCGACCCAUUCGCAAUUGGCUUGUUGCCAGAUAUUACGGAUUUAAGGCAGGCAUUAUCUCACCGAUGGUGGUCAGGUUUCGACUGCACCUAGCCAUCAUGCUGGUCUACUUGGUUUGGAUGAUGGCUGCCGUGGUUUUGAUACUCUAUGGCAACAAGGUUUUCUCCCGCGGCUGGCAUCUAUUGUCGAAUCUUCCUCUGGUGUUGCAGGAGUUUCACUAUCGAACCUUUAAGCAAGGACUUCGAGAUGCAGUUCAGAGAAUGGUCGCAAACCAAUGA